CUCUGACGCACUUCCGCGGCGCCGGAACAGAGGCAGGCCGUGGUGGCCCAACGUUGGAGAGAUGGUGGUUACCAGGUCUGCGGGGCCGCAGGCCCGUGGCCGAGCUACGAAUGCUGAAAGCUCCGGGCAGAAGACUUCUGCUAAAAGAGUUCAGGAGCAUCUAAAAGGCAGGAUGGAAUCUCCAUCUGAUGACUCAAAUACUGCUGGAUCACAGAGCAGUAGGAAACCAAGUCUAAUCCCUAAAACUCCUAAAACUGGAAAGAGAAAGAGCAGAACUGUAGGCUCAUUACCAGAAAUGAACAAACCAUGUACUGAUGGAGAGACCUCUGAAGCAGAGUCAAAUUGUUCUGUGUUUGAGCUCCAGGAUUCCAUUUUAAGAGUAACUAGGAGAAGGCAAAUCUUAGUUGCACGCGACCCAUUGUCCAGUGCUAAGAAAAGGCUGAAAGUAACUCCAGUAAUUGAGUCUCAUACUGAAGAAGAAGUCUCUGAAGCAGAAUCACACGUUUCAGGUAUUUCUAGAAUUGUGCCUUCUACAAGAAUCAGAAGUAAGGCUAAAUCCCUGAUAGAUCCAAGCCAAGAUUCACGUGCAGAAGCUAUUUCUGAUGCUGAAUCAACGUGCUCAGAUAUUUCUACAUUUUCCGGAAUUGCAACUAGGAGAACAACAAGGAUUAUGCAGAGGAAAUUACAGGCACAAAUGGAGGAGAAAUAUACUAAGAUUAAACCAGGAAAUGAAAAGCAAAUGAUAAAUACACCUAUUGGUUCAGAGGAUUCCGAUACCAGACAAACUUCUUAUUUACAAGCAAGAUCGCUUCCUCAGAUAAAUAAGCCAGAUGUCUCUGAUAGUGAAGUCUGUAGUGACUUUGAUGAUUCCUUCCACAAAAAAUCAGGGAAAAAACCAACAGUGGAAGAACACCAGCAUGUUAAUAAAACAGAGGAAAAACAGGUCAGUGCUGCACCUCUCAAAGAAAUAACAAAACAGAGUUGUGACAAUUUAGAUGAAGAAGACAAAGAAAUGAUAGAUAAGGGGAAAGAAAUUAAUGAGAAAAAUUCUGAGGUGAGUUUUUCUGAACUUCAGGACAGAAGCCUUCCACGGUUAGUUUCUCAAAGGCAUUCAACCCCCCACAAUAACAAAACCACAUCGAGGCCCUCAAAUCAGAACUGUGAGGCUAUUAUGAAAUCAUUAGCUCAGACAUUUGCUGUUGUGGAAAUAGACAGAUGGACUGAAGAGAGAAAGAGCACCAUAAAAACAAGUGACUUCACAUCUAGUAAUGGUGAUGGUAGUGAAGAAGAAGAGUGCACACUUAGAGCUGCCAGCGAAGACGUGAAUAAAGAAAGGGAUGUAGAUUUUGAGUGUGAUACUGAACUGUACAAGUCUGAGCUCACAUCUCAGGAUACAGGUGAUUCUGUUGUAUUACUGCUCAGCAGUGAUGAAAGCCAGCAGUCUGAAAACAGCGAGAUUGAAGAGGAGGACACUGUGUGUUUUGUUGAAAAUGAUGCAGAAAGGGGGUCAUUAAAUGAAGAUUUGGGAAAUAAGUCAGGUGACAAUGCAUUGUUUGUAAUCGACACAACUCCUGGGUUAAGUGCUGGUAAAAAUUUUUUCUUGGGUGAGGAAGAUAAGACAAAUGAGGGUGCCGUGGAGGAAGAAAAGGAAGGGGAGGAAGAGGAUGAAAAAAGUGAAGACGAACCAUCAGACGAAGAUAAAAAUAAAGAUGAAUUUAGUGAUGAAGACGAUUUACUAAAUGACACAAAGUCUAAACUUCUGAAGUUGACAAGCAGCAGCAUAGACACUGGUCUGAGUAUCAAGCAAUUGGGUGGUUUGUAUAUAAAUUUUAAUGCAGACAAACUACAGUCAAACAAGAAAACCCUAACACAGAUCAAGGAGAAAAAGAAAAAUGAGAUAAUGCAGAAAGCCAUCAUUACUCCUGAUUUUGAAAAAAACUACUGUGUCCCACCAUAUCGUGAGUCAAAGUACCAACUUCAGAAGAAACGCAGAAAAGAACGACAAAAAACAGCAGGUAAUGGCUGGUUUGGUAUGAAAGCUCCAGAAUUAACAGAUGAACUGAAGAAUGAUCUCAAAGCACUGAAGAUGAGAGCUGGGAUGGACCCAAAAAGGUUUUACAAGAAAAACGAUAGGGAUGGCUUCCCUAAGUACUUCCAGAUUGGAACCAUUGUUGACAAUCCAGCUGACUUCUACCAUUCACGAAUUCCCAAGAAACAAAGAAAGAAAACUAUUGUGGAAGAACUGCUGGCUGAUUCUGAGUUCAGAAGAUAUAACCGAAGGAAGUACUCAGAGAUCAUGGCUGAAAAAGUAGCAAAUGCAGCAGGAAAGAAGUUUCGAAAGAAGAAGAAAUUUCGCAAUUAAGAUUCACCAAGCAAACCACAGUAUUCUACAUCUCCCCUUUAUUUAUUUACUAAAGGUGUGUUUGAAAACUAACUCCAUCACAAAAAAUUAA